UGGCUGGGCUUGUCGGUCGAGCAGUGACAGAGACGAUGCCACCCAUGCACACACACACACACACACACACACACACACACACACACACACACACACAAUAUUGAUAUACCUUUCUUUUCCGCUUCUUUCACGAUCGUUUGGUUUUUGCCCGAGUCACGUUUUGGGCUCAAAAGCGAAAAUAAGGUCCGCUCUACUGGCUCCCCUUGCCGCAUGUGCUCACUUCUCGCAUGUUAAAUGAUUCACCUAAUCGCAUCACUACCAUUGACCGCCAACGCCUUUGCUCUCCCGCCGCCUUUUUUCUUCUUCUUCUUCAGUUCUCGUAUAUCUUUAUUCCUCCCGUCACAACGACAUCUUCCACCCAUCGGGUCUUUCUUCUGUCCUAUGGCGUCAUGGUAUCUUUGCAGGGCUUGUAUCAUAUAUCAGAGCCACUCUUCCUCAUUUUCCUUGUCACUUCUCCCGUGCCACUGUACCAAAGUAGUCAGAAUACAAUAAUGAGAAUA